UAUUUAGUUCAUUGUCUAUUACUCUUUUUCCUUGACUGUUCGUUCCUCACUUCCUCUUGUCAAACUUGAGUAUUCAUCAUCAAGAACAAUGGGGAAUCAUCAAGCUGAUAAGAAGUUCACUUGGGUGAUCAAGAAUUACAACUCUUUGGGUUCCGGUAGUGUUUAUUCUGAUACAUUCAAGGCCGGUCGUUGCAAGUGGCGUCUACUCGCCUUUCCCAAGGGAAACAAUAUCUAUGAUUAUUUCUUUCUGUAUAUAUGUGUUCCUAAUUCUGAGUCUUUGCCUUCCGGAUGGAGAAGACGCGCUAAAGUUUCUUUUACUAUGGUAAAUCAAAUUCCGGGAGGACUCUCCCAACAGCGAGAAGCAGUAUACUGGUUUGAUGAAAAGGACACAACCCAUGGUUUUGAAUCUAUGUUUCUCCUUUCGGAGAUUCAAAGCAGUGAUAAAGGGUUUCUCGUAAACGGAGAAGUCAAGAUUGUUGCAGAAGUAGAUGUUCUUGAAGUUAUUGGUGAAUUAGAUGUACCAGAGGAACCAGAAAGAAUUGAUAUCAAUGGGUUUCAAGUCCCUGCUUCACAGGUAGAAUCUAUGAACAGUCUGUUUGAAAAGUAUCGAGGCUUUGCAUCAAAAAUCUUUCCCAAGAACCAACAUCUGAGAAAAACAUUUCUGGAUGUUGUACUAAGUAUGACUGAGAUUCUGUGCAAGUUUCCGGAAGAACUUUCCAGUGGUGAUCUGGCAGAGGCAUAUUCUGCACUACGAUUUGUUACAAAAGCAGGGUUUAAGUUGGAUUGGUUGGAGAAGAAACUGAAAGAGACUGGUAAGAGUCGACUGCAAGAAAUUGAGGAAGAUUUAAAGGACUUGAAGGUGAAGUGUGCAGACAUGGAUGCUUUGCUUGAUUUCUUACGAUGAUGUUUUUUGAUGAUUAAGGAUGUUAAGAGUUUGGAUCUAAUUUGUGUUUUGGUCUGUUUGUUUUUGUCGUCAUUGGGAAAAUCAAGAGAACUUGUUUAGUUGUUGAGGUUUUUGCUAUGUUUUAUUUUUAUGUAUUGCACUUUG